CCACAUUCAGCGGUGCACCGUGCGAGUCGAUUUCCUCGACGCCGACGUCGGCGGCAGUAAUUUUGGUCAGUGGUGGGGGUCUCCGGUGGAGGCGUAGGCACCAGGAGGCAGAAUCCCCCGGCCACAGUGCCCGCCGCAACGGCCACCUAGUCAUAGGAAAGAACUCAGUCUGUGCACCUCGAAGUGACGAUGGCAGUGGUCAUAAUCGUGGUGCGGUACGGCGUCGUGAUCAGCUGAUCGACUGCCCGGACGAAAACCACCCCUGCCUCCCCCUCGCUCCGUUUUAUCUCCGAACGAUAAUAUUAGGCACUCCAAAGAUUCAUUAUUCUUGUACAAAUAUCUGAAUUUUUCGGAUAUUCUUAUCGUGGGUUUGGGUAAAAAAUCAUUUUCUGGUAGGCAACGAAGUAAGAACGGGAGAAGCAAAGCUUACUGCCGAAUCCGGAAAUAGCUGAACACCCCGGUCGGUUCAUCGUUGUGUUGUUUUUCAUAUUUUCAAAUCUGUGCCAGGUCCCAUCCUUUGUGGUUCGUCGCCCCAUUUGUGCGUGGCGUUUUACUACCACUUAUGCGUGCAGGGUGUUAUUUAAAUAAUUGAUGUGUCAGCCAUGCCUGUGCGGAAGUACAGAAGGGAUACUAGUGAAGUGAGCUGUUGCCUCAAAUAUGUUAUCUUUGGAUUUAACGUCAUGUUCUGGGUAAGUCGAUCAAUCAUCCGCAAUACUGCAACACCUGAGCAAAAUAAUAAAACGUUGCUGGGUCUGGGCAUCAUGGCGGUCGGAGUUUGGGCCUGGACGGAGAAAGACACUUUCAACAAUCUGUCACGACUGACCAACGUGGCGUUGGAUCCGGCGUUCAUCUUGAUUUUGAUCGGCACCAUGACGUUCAUCAUCGGAUUCACGGGGUGCGUGGGAGCUCUGCGAGAAAACACAUGUCUGCUGGCGGCGUACGCGAUAUUUCUAGCGCUUCUAUUGCUCUCCGAAAUGACAGCUGGCAUACUGGGAUUCAUCUUCAAAGAUUGGAUAAAGUCACAAGCCACGGGAGGAUUCCAGGCGUUCAUUAUCCACUACAGAGAAGAUCCCGAUCAGCAGAAUCUCAUCGACUGGAUUCAAGAGGACUGGUUGCAGUGUUGCGGAAUUGAAGGUCCUAAGGACUGGGACCGAAACAACUACUUCAAUUGUUCCUCGAGUGAAAUUGGGUCCAGAGAGGCCUGCGGUGUGCCUUUUAGUUGCUGCAAGCGAAAACCAAAUGAAAUUAUCAAAAACAAGCAGUGCGGAUACGACGUUCGAAAACCCGGCUACCCUGGAGAAAGAAGUAUCUUUGAAAGAGGCUGCCUUAGGGCCGGUGAAGAAUGGGUCGAGUUAAAUCUCGUCCCCGUUGCUGGCGCCGCCGUAGGCGUUAUGGUCCUCCAGAUACUGGGCAUCUGCUUCGCACAAAAUCUGAGAGCUGACAUCUUCGCGCAGAAAGCCAAGUGGCAUUGACAAUCAAGGGCCCCCACGGCAGUCUAGCAGCUCGCCAGGCAGCAUGCUGGACGCCCACGUUGAUCGACUGUAACAUGAAAUACCUACGAACUUAGAGAUAAACGAAAAUCAUCAUCUUACGCCGAUCCGUUAACGGACUCGACUACGCUCUAGAACU